AUGGCUGACAUCACGUGGCAGGUGGAGGAUGGUGUGCGCCACAACUUCUCACCAGCUUGCGUUCGCUCCGCGCGAGGCCUUUACGUGGCGGCAGCUCCCUGCGCAGAGCUACCGGGCUGGGGCAUGGGCGACACAGAUCAGGCUUUGAGGAUGAUGGCGUGGCACUUGGAGACCAACCGCUUUGUGGAUGAGAGAGAUGGCUAUAAUUGGCUAUGGAUCUUCAUGCAUCCGCUUUACAAUCAGAACGUACCGCAUGACUAUGACUUCGCCAUCCUAGAGCUUGACAAGGCAAUGCCCUUGAAUGAGUGCGUCGGCGUGGCCUGUUUGCCACAUCGAGAUGAGAUGCCGGGGACCAACUGCAGCAUCACUGGCUGGGGCACCUUGAAAUCCUUUGGCAAAACUCCAGAGGUGCUUCAAGAAGCCUCAGUCAAGCUGCUUACAAGUGCCGACUGUGAAGUGAACUACACCAAGACCAGAGACAUCAUCACUGGCUCCAUGCUUUGCGCCUCGGGGGUCUCCGAGAAGGGCAUCGUGGACACCUGUCAAGGUGACUCCGGAGGACCAUUGAGCUGCGCAGAAGAUGGGCGCUUCGUCCUCCGUGGCGUCACCUCCUGGGGUCAAGGAUGUGCUUAUGCCAACUUCCCCGGAGUCUAUGGAAAAGUCCAGAGCGUCAUGUCGUGGAUCAACGAUGUCACGGCCCAGAAAGUUCGCAAGGUCUACUCAGAUGACCAACAGGUCAAGAUGAACAUCUCCGGCAUCAACUUCAAUGGCUCGAUGUGGAAGGUCGUCGCUGGCAACUGCGCGAUGGACUCCUCUCAUUGUAUUAUGAGCCCUGGCUACCCCAAGGAGUAUCCAGUGAAGGAUGCCUGUACCAUUGCUGUCAAUGAGAGUGCAGCUGUCCCAAUCCAUGUAGUGAAUUUUUCGACCGAGGAGAAGUUUGAUGCCUUGGUGGAAAACUGCAAGUUCUAUUCUGGCAAGAAAGGGCCAGAAAAAGUGGUCCCGACAGGAGUCAUCACUUGGCACUCCGAUGAGAGCGUCGUGAGCGCUGGCUGGAAGAUUUGUCCUGGACACUGGACUGUCGCCUGUGUCGUGUAG